UCCGUCAACGUGGAGUGUGUAGUCCAGUACAAAGUCAGAACGGUUCAAGUCUUGGUAAAUUGGCCGUCUAUAUCAUUAUGUAUCGAUCAUCUUUCUGCCAUGAGAGACAGACAGCAGUCCUAACCGGUACCUACAACAAUCUAUGUUGCCAAACAGAGACGGGGGAGUAUCCGGUAUUGUGCUGGUUGUAACGGGAUUAUUGUAAAGACGGAACAUUCCGCUAUCCUAUAGAAGCUGCACACACUUGCUUGUUCAGUCAGUUGAGAUUUGAUUGCAGACCGUGAGAGGAUCGUUAUGAGCGGCAGUGACUUGAAGAAGAUUUGUUUUGCUAAUCCAACAUGUUGGAUGUUCACAUUGCUGACAGCUUUAGUGAUCACUAAUAUUGUAUUCAGUGCAGUUGCUUUCUUGUCAAUAAGACAGCUGAAAAACGACGUUCUAGAUAUUCAAGAGCAGCAGACAGUAGCAAGUGAGAUGAAGGAACAAAUAAGUGACAUGUUAUCAGAGUUUACGGCAGAAAGGGAGAAAAGGUCAGCAUCCACUUCGUCGUCUCGUCUAGCAGUUGAUGUUGGGUCAGUGUUUGUAUCAGCAAUCAAAAGCAUGUGCAAACCAGAACAAGCUGUUUGCAUCCCUGGAGCAAAAGGAGAAGCUGGACAAUCAGGUAGAGACGGGUUGCCUGGUGCUACUGGUAGAGAUGGUCCCGUGGGUUUACGUGGUCCACCUGGUAAGCCUGGAGCUAAGGGAAUGGGAUUACCUGGAAAGCAAGGUCCAAUAGGGAUACCUGGUGGGAAGGGAGAGAAAGGAGAGAGAGGGGAGAAGGGAGGGAAAGGACACAUCGGAGGGCAAGGGAUACAAGGGGUUAAAGGAAUUCAGGGAAAGAAGGGAGAGCGAGGGGACAGAGGUGAACGAGGAUAUACUGGUUAUAAAGGGGAGAGGGGAGAAAAAGGGAGGGCUGGAGACAAAGGAAUUAAAGGGGGCAAAGGCAACAAGGGGAUACAAGGAGAGAAAGGAAUACUGACUCUGCCAAGUCAGUGUAAAAAAGGACGUCAUAGAGUGUUACAUGACACUUGGAGGAAAGUCUCAUCAGAAGUAGACGAGUUUGGCUAUCAUCGUGAUACAAGAGAAAAGAAUUUUCAACCAGGAUGGUAUGUAUUUGCUGAUAGUAUUGGAGGUCAAAUGCCUCAGACAUGCCCACCAAUGCAUCAUUGUGGAACGCACGCACCAGGAUGGCUGAAUGGAACUCACCCAACUGCACUGGGAGAGACCAGUAAAGAAACAGUUUGUUUUCAUUGGAAUAACAACUGCUGUAAGUGGCACGUGACUGUUGAAAUCACAAACUGUGCAGGAGUCUACGUGUACAAUCUGCCCGAGGGACCGUGUGAGUGUUGGCUAGGUUACUGCAGCGAUGCAUAACAAUGAGAAACUUGUAGCAAAUGUUACUGUAUAUUUUUCUAC